AUGCUUUUUCCUCUUCAGAUUGCUGCGGGGAUUCUAUCCCUCGCUUCUUUGUCGAGUGCCUUUGAGUCUGUCACUGUUAGCUCUAGCAAUGCGGCACUGAGUACUCGGAAUGCUCCUGGAACGACAGAUUUUGAUACUGUCAACACAGUAGGGCAAGCUUUUCGCAGAGCAGUGCUUCAAUCCCGUAGCACUGUGUAUCAUAUGAAUGAUACCUCACUCGCAAAAAGUUGGGACAAUGCGGUCUUGUAUGGCGACAGUCCCGAUGAAAUCCCAGAUACAGACUCUGUGACCGACGCUUGGCAAUCCACUGGGGGUAUAGAAAUUAUCUGUUCAACUUGUUACUUUAACGGCUCCGUCACUGGUGAACUCACCUUCAAGGGAGAUUUCAACAUCAGUGCCAUUGCAGAGGAUAUUUAUGAUGAGUUUAAGAAUGAUACAGAUACUUUUAUUGAUACUCUGAAGGAUUACGCUGAGAAGGCAGUUGAAGAUAUUGCUACACUUCAAGGGGUCCCAGCUUGGCCAUCCAUUGACUAUGAUCUGAAUUUGGAGGACACCAGCUCUAAAUUUUCAGGUGCUGAGGUGAACUUCAAGUUUGACAACUUGGAGCUCUACAUCGAUCUUGACAUUAAGUUGUCAGAGGGAGCUACAUACACUCUGAACCUGUUUACUUCAGAGACAGCAGCUGGGUUCUCCGUUCCGGGUGCCACAGUGGGCGCUAUAUUCAGCGUAGACUUGAUCCUGAUGGCAGAUGCCGAGAUCAAUGUUGGAACCGGUAUCCAUCUCAAGCUCGAUGAUGGGUUGUCUUUUGACUUGGAGUUGUUUGAUCAUGAAUUGUCAACGAUCUCAGUGCCCGGAGGAUCUUACGAAUUCCUACCCAUCACAAUUGAAGGUGAAGGAGGUACCAUCCAGGCGGUUUUGAGCCUGAAGGCGAGCGUUGGCGUCGAAGUUGAUACUAAGUCAUUCUUUGAUGACGACUUGAGCUUCAGCGUUGGUGUCGAGGCAGACGUAUUUGCCUAUGUUGCCGACUUCCUCAUUGAUAUCGACCACAACUCCGCUGAUAGCACUGAUGAGUGCGAAUUAUCUGCUGUCGCCGAGUACACUUUAGCGGUUGGAGCUGCAGCUGGAGCGACAAUCGGAGUGGACUCAUAUCAAUGGGGGCCAAAUGCAUACACAACUGUACCUGUCUGGUACACCACUCUGGCCAGUACAUGUGUCUCCUCCAAAUCAGCAACAUCAACAGGCGCUGCUACCACAGCUCGGGCAGAGGUUGAUAAGCGAGCCGAUCUCAUUACAACUCAAGUGACCUCCUCGGCCACCUAUACCAUCGUCAGCUGCGAGUCAUCGGGGCUGGUCAACUGUCCUGUGAAUAGCCAGAACACCACCUCUUACGAGCAAACCAUGAUGGCAAAUGUGACUGUCGCAUCGGGAUCCUCGGCAACGUACCCGGCAGCUACCUAUGCUUCAGUCACAAACGCUGUAGCAUUUGGUAGCAACGUCCGCAGUCUGGAUAAAAUAUCCGGCUCACCAACAAAAUAUAACGCCAAAUCGACUGGUAAGGGUGGAGUACUAGAUGGCACGACUAAUGGAACAAGCAACAAACUCAUCAUUGGACUGUGUGUUGGACUUGGUAUUCCAUUCCUCGCAGCCUGUGCCGCAGGAUUAUGGUUCUUCCUCAAGCGCGGCAAAAAGUAUGAUCCUACUCCGCAGUCAGAUGUGAUGGACCAGGAAACGCAAUAUACUGCAUACGAUCCUCACGCCAUCUCCUUGUCCACGAUAUCGAAAGAUGUUCCCCGUCGAGGUACACUCGACUCACUCUUGAUUGAACGAAUGACAGAACGACGUUUGGAUACCCUUUUCCCUAUGAUACCUAUGACCAACUGA